ACUACUGGGGACGUCGACGCGGCAACCGCGGAUGACGACACGAUUGCGACGGCGUAGAGAGGACGCGAGGACGCGGGGACGGGAGGGUGGCUGCUUGGUGGGAUGUGCUCGCUGUCGCGCCGGCUCCGACGAGCUGUCAGCGGGUACGCGGUUGGGUGUGCCAGCGAUCGCAGGAGGAGAGAAGGGCGCGAAGGCUGCCGGCACGCCAGCUGUCAAGGCGCGACGUCAUCGCCGCGGGCUUCCGAGUCUGCGUUCGAGUCCCGCGCGACUUGUCGGGUGAGCGGUGGCCAGACGGCGAGGCUAGGUAGACUCGAGUCAGCAUCGAGAUGGCGGUCUCCGACGGUCGUCCCUGCGCGCCCCGCGUGACGUGACCGAACAUCAACCGUCGCGUUUCCUAAUCGGUGAAAAGUGAGAAAAUUCGCAUCUACGACCUCCUGUAAUUGCUAUCUCGCGAUCCGCUGCA